UUCUGAACCUACCCACACUCUUGUCUCACUAAAAAAGUUAAACACUGAACUUUUCCUCACCCAAACGCAAGAGACAUUACAAUACUCAAAAUUUGACAAAUUGCAGAUCUGCUCUGUAACAAGACAGUGUCUGAUUCCAAGGUCAACCUUCGCCAAUGGCUAGGGACAGAAACUCUCGAAUUGGAAUUUCUGUGGUGAUGUUGUUAUGCUUCGCGGCUCAUUUUUAUGUGUUGCCCCUGGCAGAGGCUGUGUGGUUAACACUCCCCACUUCGGGGACUAAGUGUUUGUCUGAGGAAAUCCAGUCAAACGUUGUCGUUUUAGCCGAUUACUAUGUUGUUACUCAAGAGGGUGGGCUUCAAACACUUUCUGUCAAGGUAACAUCUCCUUAUGGAAAUAACCUUCACCACAAUGAAAAUGCCACACAAGGACAAUUUGCAUUUACAACAGCUGAGAGUGGGAACUACGUCGCGUGCUUUUGGAUGGAUGGUAAACAUCAAGAAGAAGCAACUGUAAGCCUUGACUGGAAAACAGGAAUUUAUGCCAAGGAUUGGGAGUCUGUUGCAAAGAAAGAAAAGAUAGAGGGUGUUGAACUUGAGCUCAGGAAACUUGAAGGAGCAGUGGAGGCCAUCCACGGCUAUCUAGUUUAUUUGAAGGAUAAGGAAGCAAGGAUGAGGGAAGUCAGUGAAAGAACAAAUGGUAGAGUGGCUUGGUUUAGCAUCAUGUCGCUUAGUGUCUGCAUUUUGGUUUCGGUAUUGCAAGUGUGGUAUCUGAAGCGCUUUUUUCUGAAGAAGAAACUCAUAUAGUUGUUGCUUUCUCAUGAGCAUUCACAACACAACAUUUUUACUCAAGUUUUGGACAAUAUAGGAUGAUUUCUAUGUUGUAUAGUUUUUCAUUUGUUGAUACUUAUCAUGUAUCAUUAGGGGUACCCCUUCAAGGGAAUGUGUACUUCGGCGUUAAAUUACAUAGAUAUGCUGAUAUGCAGAAUUGAAGAGCUGUUCUAUUGGGGCUAAUUACAAAGGAACGAGACUGAUUUUUUUUUUUUUUUUUUUUUACAUUAAGCAUCAGCUAUAUAUGUGACAGUGAAUCUCUUCAAUAUGUCACUUAAAAAUAUUAUGCAUCA